GAGAGGAGAAAACAGCAGCAGAAGAAGAAUUAAUAAAGAGAGAGAGAGAGCGAUGUGUUGUAUUUGAGCCUCUCUCGCCCGUCAUGUGAAAGUGAAACCUCUGCAUGUUUUAUUCUGUUGUUUACUUUGUUUGUUUGUUGUUUCCUGGCUCGCUCGUGCUGUCGGGACUUUUACACUUUGACACUCAGCGGCAGACGAGGGGAGUCGGGGUGACUCAGGAUGACUGAAGCUCCGUUCAUCUACGACAAUGACCUGCAGAAUUUGAUGCCGUACGACUACCUUCCUCCAGUGGACAUAAAGAGCGAACCCUACAUACCUGAGACAGCUCAUGGCCCCUACAUUCAAAUCAUCGAAGAGCCCAAACAGAGGGGCUUUCGUUUCCGUUAUGAAUGCGAGGGUCCAUCCCAUGGCGGGCUCCCAGGGGCCUCCAGCGAGAAGAACAGGAGAACCUACCCAACCGUGAAGAUCAAUAACUACGUGGGCCACGCCCGGGUGGAGGUCCAGCUGGUGACCCACUCCGAUCCUCCUCGUGUCCACGCUCACAGUCUGGUGGGACGCCACUGCACCGAGAACGGCACUUGCAUGCUGGACGUCGGCCCCAACGACCUCACGGCCUCCUUCAGUAACCUGGGGAUCCUCCAUGUGACCAAGAAAGGAGUGGGGGAGGUGCUGAGCAGGAGGCUGAGGGAGGAGAGGAAGAGGCAGAAAGGACCUCACUGCCACCUGACAGAAGCAGAGGAAAACUCCAUCCUGAAGGAGGCCAAGGAGCUGGGCAAAGUGAUGGACCUGAACAUAGUCAGGUUAAAGUUCACCGCUUACCUGCAGGACAGCCAGGGAGGCUUCACCAGAGCACUGAAGCCCGUCGUCUCCAACCCCAUCUACGACAGCAAGUCGCCGAACGCCUCCAACCUGAAAAUCUCUCGGAUGGACAAAACGUGCGGCUCGGUGCUCGGGGGAGACGAGAUCUUCCUGCUCUGUGACAAAGUCCAGAAAGACGACAUCGAGAUCCGUUUUUAUGAGGAGGACGACGAGGGAGGCUGGGAGGCGUUCGGCGACUUCUCCCCCACAGAUGUCCACAAACAGUACGCCAUCGUGUUCAAAACGCCGCCCUAUCACAGCGCAGAGAUCGAGCGGCCCGUCACCGUCUUCCUGCAGCUGAAGAGGAAAAAGGCCGGCGACAGCAGCGACCCCAAACAGUUCACCUACAUACCGCAGAUCCAAGACAAAGAGGAGGUGCUGAGAAAGAAGCAGAAGCCGCUGCCUCACUAUGAAUCCUGGAGGGGAGGCGGAGGAGGAGGAGGACGAGGUGGAGGAGCCGGGGGAUUUGGAGGAGGAGGAGGAGGAGGAUUCCAGUUCAACCAGCAGAUGAAUGGAGCAGGAGGAGGAGGAGGAGGAGCGGGAGGAGUUUUCUUCACCGGAGGCUUCACAGGAUUUGGCGGAGGGGGAGGGGCUCAGAUGUCAGGCUCCGCCCCUCAGACAGGGGCCACCCAGCAACAGACAGACGGACAGACCGGCUCUCCACUACAGCAGCAGCUGUUUCAGAUCGCUGCCGCCCUGCACAGCAGAACCUCCCAGAGCGCCCGACAGACCGCUGCCGCCCUCCUGCAGUACUGCAGCACCGGGGACGCCCGGGUCCUUCUGGCAAUCCAGAGACACCUCUGUGGCAUCCAGGACAGCAACGGAGACACUCCUUUGCACCUGGCCAUCAUCCAUCAGCAGACCAGUGUGAUCCAUCAGCUGAUCCACACUCUGCUGAGCAGCCAGCAGCAAAACCUCCUCAACACCGCCAACCUCCUCCGACAGACGCCUCUCCACCUGGCCGUGAUCACCCGGCAGGUGAAGGUGGUGGAGGUGUUGCUGAGGGCGGGGGCCGACCCCAGCCUGCUGGACAAAGAUGGCCGUAGUCCCCUCCACCUGGCGGCUCUGGCCGGAGACAACGCCACACUGCGCCCCCUGCUGGCUCACCUGGGGGAGCGGCACGCUCACCUGGUCAACGCGCCCGACUACCACGGUCUUCAUCCUCUCCACCUGGCGGUGAGGAGGGACGGCGAGCGCUGCCUCCGUCUGCUGGUGGAGGGCGGAGCCAAAAUCAACGCACCUGAGCAGAAGAGCGGAAACACCGCCCUCCACCUGGCCGUCAGGGAAAACCUGUUCAAGGUGGCCUGCACUCUCAUCACAGAGCUGAAGGCGGACGUCAACUCGUGCACGUUUGGAGGAAACACACCUCUCCACCUAGCGGCCAGUCAGGGCUCGCCGACCCUCUGCUCCAUGCUCAUCGCUGCAGGCGCUGAUAAGAACAUGGAGAACGACGAGCCGCUUUUCUUCAGCUCCUCUUCAGACGAAGAAGACGACACCGGGCCAAUCAGAGAGCGCGAGGCCGCCUCACUGCCAGUCAACCCUCGCAAGAGACCUGCAGCGGGACACACCCCUCUGGACCUCGCCAAGUGCCAAAAGGUGCGAAACCUGUUAAACUCCAGACAGAGUCCGAAGUCGAGUCGUCACAGCAGUAAGAAGAUGAAACCCAGUGAAGAAGCGGAGACUUCGGGGCUGGACGAGGACACGCUGUCCCGGCUGGUGGAGGUGUUGAGUGUCGGAGACGUUCCCUGGGAAAAACUGGCGGAGAAGCUGGGGAUGAUGAUGCUGACUCACCUGUACCUGGACAGUCCGACGCCGUGCCACCACCUGCUGCAGCACUACCAGCUGGGUGGAGGUCCAGUCGAAGGUCUGGUCGAAGCUCUUGAGUCUCUCGGUCUGACAGAAGGAGUCCGACUGCUGAGAAACACCGAGCUGCGAGACGACAAACACAGCACAGACGCUACGGUCGACAGCGGUUUCGGCAGCCAGCCAAUGGAAGAAGAGGAGCCGCCCAUGGCCGAUCAGUGACAAGCAGGAAAUAAAAUCCCAUCUGGAGGAUCUUCAGGAUGGUCGUCUCAUCCUGCAGGAACCAGAACUCUGCAGAACUGGACUUUAAUUAGCAGACUGACACAUGGAAACCUCCAGCAGAGACUCAGUAGAGUCGGACUCGAACGCUCGUUCACCUGCAGAGGAGGCGAGUGCUGCGUUCAAGACGGACACUGAGGCUGUAAUUCACAACAGGAAGUUGUAGUUUGGGUUUUGUCAACAUGUUGCGGCACAGAAGUCAACAGAAAUGUAAAAUUUAACCAAAGAAGUGUUUUAAAGUUUUAAAAAAUGUAUUUUAAUUACAUUUAAAGGAAAUACAAACCGCAGGUUUAAAAUGAGUUGUUUCUUUUUAUUUCAGAAAUUUGUCCCUUUGGUUAAUUUUCAACUUUUUACAUAAUUUUUAAUUAAUUUAUAUUUUGUUUAUGUGGUUUCAUUAAAUAGAGUUUAUUUCUGCGGGCUGCGUGAUGACUAAUGAACCCAAUGCUUGAAUGAGACAUAACAACCCCUUGAAAGUCCUUAAAUUUGAAAUCUUGGAACAUUUUUCAGCUACAGAGAAUUUUUUUUUAUGAAUUUCUAUUGUUGGUGUAAAUCUGUGCUGUUUACAAAGUGUGUGUGUGUGUGUGUUGUGUUACCUGAAGAGCUGAUCUGCUUCUUCGUCCUGUAGGAAAGUGGAAUUUCCAAUUUUCUGUCCGGGCACGAACGCAGCAUGUCUCACCUGCAGUGACAUCAGAGCAGGUUAACAAGUGUUACUCACCUGUUGCAACAUUUUAUCAAGGAAGAAUAAUAUUUUAAAUGACUGAAGAAAAUAAAAUACUCACUGUAAGUAAAAGUUGUGAUGUGUAAAGUCCUAUUGUGACAAAUACAUUAGAAGAUCAUUUUGACUCAAAAGGUUAAAAUAUUUCCGUCAAAUUCAGAAAUACUAAAUGAAAAUAUCAACAUUUGGACUCAGAAGUGACCAUUUUCAUAAUCUUUAACUAUAAAGCUGAAAGUGGCAAACUUAGGAAGUCAAAACUAAGACCUUUUACUGCAUGACAAAUUUGACAUUUAAAAAUCAAUUUACUUGAAUAAUUUUACAUAUUCAAGUCAAAAUUAUGAUGUACAUUGUGAUUUAAGUUUUGACAUGACAUUUUAUGUAAAAUGAUGAAAUGUCAAUUUUUGCCAUUUAAAAAAUUUAUAUAUUUGAAUUAUUUUACGCACUUAAGUCAGAAUUAUGACUUAAUUUUUGACUUUACUCAUAAGUCAGUUAAAUCAAAUAGUCAAAAGAAAAACUGUUUAGUUUUGAGAGACAUGAUGAGGAUGUUCUGACAUCUUUGACAUUAAUCAUUUUAUCUUGUUCAUAAUUUAAGAAAAUGUGGAAUAAUAAAAGCUCCACAUUUCCUAAAUGUCCAUCGCUCCUGAAAACUAAACGAUUAGAAACAGUUGGCGGGUGAACAUGUUCAGAUCGAUGAGGAUUAAUCUUGCUCCGUUAAAGACUUGUUGUGCAGUAAAGUUUGAAUAUCUCAUGUCGUCCACGUCAGUCAGAAGCUGUCUGUGUUUUUACUAAUACUGUGUAUUCAUGUGGUUUCUCUUCUUCUCCAAACAGCCUGGAAAUAUUUAAUCAGCGAAUGCUGCACUGACGUUUCUGAAACUUGUAAUAAAUAUGACUCAGACUUUUGUUUUCAAAAUGUUUGUUGUGCUUUUGCCUUU